AUGGUCAUCAAUCCCACCUAUCUAGCGCAGCGGUCGCGGUCGUCAAUCAAUUGGGGCGAUGCGCGACGACGAGUGUUGAAGGGCUAUAGGGAAUGGCUGCGAGCUGGGCCCGAAAUCCAACAACUUUACUCCCUUAACAUGCCCGUCUCCCGCAUCCGAACGAAAGUCAGAGAAGAAUUCGAGAAGCACAGAUACGUCAACAAUCUAUCGGCAGUCGAUGUGCUAUUACAACAAAGCCAUACGGAGUUUCAGGAAUUGAUGAACUACUGGAAACAGACUACCCAUGUGAUGAAGUACUUCAGGCAGGAUGAAGACGAGAAUGCAAGGUUGCCCAAGAACUUUAUACAAGGCUUCCUCGAGGGACGGAAUUGA